AUGAUUUAGUAGUCAAGCAAAAAUACGCUAAAACUUUUUAGGUUGUUUAAUUCAUUAUGUAAUUAGCAAAUAUAUAAAAUAAACAGCUUCAACUUAGCAAAUGAAAUGCCUAAAGGAGCUUUCGAUUCAGAUGAAAGAUCAUAUUAAAAUUAAGAAACAAAUUAGUAGAAAAGCUAACCAUAAUAAAAUUACUAAAAGAAAUAAUAUUAUUCAAAUAAUUAGUAGCAAGGAUAAACUGCCACUGUAGGAGGAUACUAAAAAUUGCCAUUUUAAGCUUGGAAUGAUUCAAUUUAUAUAGCUGGAUAAACUCAUACAAUUUAUAUAAUUCCUAUUCCUGUUUAAAUGAUUUAAAGAAAGGCAUCACUUGGUUUAUCAUCUAGAUUCCAUGGUUUAUUAUUCUAAUUUUCUAAAAAUGUGCCAAAAUAAAAUGACUCUAUGCCAUAAUAAAAGCACAUAAAUGCUAAGUAUUUUAGAAUUGGGUUAGAUUAACUAGACAAGAUCAUUUAUCAUGAUAUAGAUAGCUAAAAUGCUAAGGAUUUAUAUUUAGUUGAAACCACCUCUAUAGAAAACAAGUAUUUGAGAUUUUAAAAGGACACUGAGAAAAGUUAGGUAAAAUUAUCAGUUCGCUUCAAGAGUUAAGAUGGUCAGGAAUCAAAUGAUAAAAUUGACAUCGAAUUCCCUAUUACAAAAUUCAAAUUUCUUUAAGACAACAUUAAGCUUUCUCUUCCGUACUUAUCUGGUUGGGCAUUUACUUCAUAACAAUUUCAAUAGAAAAAUAUGAAUGCAGGUAAUCCAGUUGAUGACAUGUGA